UAAGAGUAGAUGGGGCCAGUAAUUGGAAUGACUCCAGAAAGGAGAGCUGAAACGCCAGGAGCUGAAAAGGUUGCAGGAUUGAGCCAGAUUCACAAACUCGGAAGCUUGCCCAGGGCUGUUGAUGCUGCCAGCCCGAAGGCCACACUAGUGGACAUUGAGUCGGCAGAUGAGGAGCUCACGAACUUGAAUUGGCUCCACGAAAGCACCAAUCUCCUCACCAACUUCAGCUUCGGAAGCAAAGGCCUCCCGAUCGUCAGCCCGUUGUAUGAUAUAGAAGGGGACGACUCGCCGUGCUUGGGGCCUUCUUGCUACCAGGGUCUGGAAAAGAAGCCCACAACAUCCAAGCCCCCAUACUCCUUCAGCCUCCUCAUCUACAUGGCGAUUGAGCACUCUCCAAGCAAGUGUCUGCCCGUCAAAGACAUUUAUAGCUGGAUUCUGGACCGCUUCCCAUACUUUGCGACUGCGCCAACUGGCUGGAAGAAUUCUGUUCGGCAUAACCUGUCCCUGAAUAAAUGCUUUCAGAAAGUGGAAAGAAGCCAUGGAAAGGUGAAUGGCAAAGGUUCCUUGUGGUGUGUUGACCCAGAAUAUAAGCCUAGCCUUAUGCAGGCCCUGAAGAAACAGUCCUUCUCCUCCCCCUUCAACACCCCUCCUGCAUCUCCACAGAGUGGCUCUUUAUCACCUCACUAUCUAAGUUCUAUACUCAAGCCAGACCAGGUGCAAACCCUCAAAGAAUCUGAUAUUGAUGCUGCCACAGCAAUGAUGCUUUUAAACACUUCUAUAAAACAAGGAAUUUUAGAAUGUGAGCAGCCCCUGCCCCUUGCAACGACCCUGCAGAAGAAGAGAACUUACAGCAGCGCCUUCGACCCCCUGGCUGGCGCCAUCGACCCCCAGGCCGACCACAACUACAGCGCCAGCGGCCUGGCCGCCCCGCGCUGCGCGUCCCGCUCCAGCGUGUCCUCGCUGUCGUCGGUGGAGGACGUGGACGUGUUCGAGUUCGUCCCCAAGAGCGGGCGCGCCGGCAGCCACGGCAGCCAGGGCCUGCCCAGCGAGGAGGACACGGACGGCGACUCAGAGGACGACCCGCUGGCCGACAGUGGCUACGCCUCGGCCUCCGCCUCCGCCUCCCAGGCCAGCACCGGCCCGGGCCCCUCCGGAGAAGGCCCGCCGGGCCCCAAGAGGGGCAAGGCGGCCGGUCCGGAGAUCGACGAGGAGCUCAAGGAAGCCGCCGGGUCCCUGCUGCACCUUGCGGGCAUCCGCACCUGCCUGGGCUCCCUGCUGGGCACCGUCAAGACGCAGAGCCAGAAGCCAAGGAAAAAGUAGAGGCACAGGCGCCUGGCUGGCCGGAGGCUCCCUCUCCC